AUGGAUCGAUUCAUGAAACCUGACAGACUUGGUAUAGAUCCAAACUCAGCAGAUGCAGCAAAAACAUACAACCAUUGGUUAAAAACAUUUAACAAUUUUGUAAGUACAGUAGAUAAUAACUUCAUUAAGCUUAAUCUCCUAAUAAACCAUAUUGAACCUAAUGUAUAUGAAUUCAUAUCAGAGUGUGAUGAUUUUGAACAAGCAACAAGUAUUCUCGAGUCUAUCUACAUAAAACCAAAGAAUGAAAUAUUUGCCAGACACAUAUUGUCAACACGGAAGCAAAAACCAAGUGAAACAAUAGAUCAAUUCCUCAAUGAACUUAAAAAUUUAUCUAAGGACUGUAAGUUCACUGCUGUUACAGCUGAGCAAUAUAAAUCUGAAAUGAUUCGCGAUGCAUUUAUAAAUGGCUUACUCUCCAAUAGUAUACGCCAACAUUUACUAGAAAACAAAAUAUUAGACCUUUCAUCAGCCUUUGACCAAACUAGAUUUUCAGACGUGGCCCAACAAAACUCAAACUUAUACUCACAAUUGACUAUACCUACCUCUGCCUCUAUUCAGGAAAUCAAAUCACUUUUACAAAAACAGUCCAUGACUGAUAAUCACUUAGCUGCUAUAGCAAAAUCAAAACAAUUGUGCUGGUUUUGUGGAAACAUAAGACAUCCACGUACUAAAUGUCCUGCUCGCGAAGCUAUCUGUCACAAAUGUAAAAAGAUUGGUCAUUUUGAAAAACUUUGCAGAUCAUCUAAUGUUUCUGCUGCUAUUCCUAAAAUUGAUGAUGAUUACUUCUGUGCCACCAUAUCAGCUUCAGCAAACUCUCUAUUCAGAGUUUGUCAUAACAUCAUUAUUAAUGAUAGAUAUAAAGCAGAAGCAUUAAUUGAUAGUGGAAGUACAAACAAAAGUUUUAUAAGCAACAAACUAGUGACUCUACUCCAUUUAAAUAUUAUUUAUGAACAGAGUGUAAUUGGAAUGGCAUCAGUUGCCUUAUCUGCAAAAUCAGAUGGAUAUUGUUAUGUCUCAAUAACUCUUCAAAACAAAAUCUAUAACAAAGUCAAGUUGCAUGUGCUGGAUAACUUAUGUGUAGAUGUUAUUCUUGGCACAGAUUUUCAAGAGUUGCAUGAAAGUAUUACCAUCAAGUAUGGUGGGAAAAGACCACCCAUAACAUUUGCUGCUUUAAUAACAAUGAAAACUGAACCUCCUGAAUUAUUUGCUAAUCUCACGCAAGAUUGUCGACCGAUUGCCACUAGAUCUAGAAAUUAUUCUCAAAGAGAUAAAGAAUUUAUUAAACCUGAAAUCCAUCGCCUGACUCAAGCAGCAACAAUAGAGCCUAGUAAUUCACCUUGGCGUGCCCAGGUCUUAGUAGUAAAUGAAAAGACUAAACGUCGCAUGGUUGUUGAUUACUCUGAAACUAUUAAUAAAUAUACUCAAUUAGAUGCAUAUCCUCUACCUAAGAUUGAAACGAUUGUGAAUAUAAUUUCUAAAUACAAAAUUUAUAGUACUCUCGACCUUCGCUCAGCAUACUACCAAAUCCCUUUAUCAAAAAAAGAUCGACCAUAUACUGCUUUUGAAGCUGACAAUAAGUUGUGGCAAUAUACUAGAAUGCCUUUUGGAGUUACCAAUGGAUCUGCAUGCUUUCAACGCAAAAUAGAUGACUUUGUUAGAAAAUAUAAACUAACUGACUGCUUUCCUUUCAUUGAUAACAUUACAAUAUGCGGUAAUAGUGAGAAAGAACAUGAUGAAAAUCUACUUAAGUUCAGAUUAGCUUCCAUUGAUGCUGGAAUUACAUUUAAUGAAGAGAAGUGUGUAUUUUCAACUAAGACUUUAGAUUUUUUAGGUUACCGUAUAUCGUAUGGCUCUUUAAAACCAGAUCCUCAGAGACUUGCUCCUCUCAUCAAGUUACCCCCACCUGAUAAUGCAAAGUCUUUACAGCGAAUUAUUGGAAUGUUUUUGUACUAUGCAAAAUGGAUAAGAAAGUUUUCAGAUAAAAUUAGACCUUUAAACUCUGUUACUCAAUUUCCACUCAAUCAGCAGCAAAUAUCAGCAUUUGAAACAUUAAAAAUGAACUUGUUCAAUCUUCCAUGCAAACCAUUAAUGAGAAUAUACCUUUUACUGUGGAGACUGAUGCUUCUGAUUUUGCCAUAUCCGCCACACUUAAUCAGGAUGGAAGACCUGUUGCCUUCCAUUCACGUACCCUUCAAGGGAGUGAACAAUACUAUUCAUCAGUGGAGAAAGAAGCUCAAGCGAUAG